ACAUGUAGUUAUGUCAGCAAGUUUGGAUAUUGUCAACUACUAAUUUAAAACCCCUAGAUGACUCUUCCUAUGACGUUUCUUAACAGAAUCAACUCUCUUUGUAAUCUCUAUUGUUUAUCUAAUGACCUUUUCAUUUCAUUAAGAGUGGUUGGGCUCUUGGAUUAUAAAAAAGGGAAGGGAAGAAAAUUGCUUUAUUUUUUUUAGAGAAAAUUGGACAAGGAGAAGUAAAAAAUUUAGGAUUUAACCAAGUCAAUGCUUCAAGGUUCUUGAAUAUGAGACUGAAUCAACCUCCCCCACCUACUUCUUUAAGAUUUAGUUUCUUUCUCCAAAAAAUAUAUAUGAAAGACUUCCCUUUAUGUCGCUUUACCGUUGCUGAAACCUAACUAACCUCACCGUUUUUCUGGAUUAAAGACUUUGUAAUCUUAGUUUUAAGCUUUUAUUAUUUGUAAGGUCAGCAUAGGAAGGCUCCUCAACAGAUUAGUAUGUUCAUAUCAUAUUAAUUUAUCUUUUUAUGUGUUGAUUGAGAAUAAAUAUUUGAAGAAGGCAACUGAUCCAUGAAAAGUAUUUAAGAGGGUUCUGUUAGGAUCUUAACUACUUCCAUAAGCAAGCUUGAGCUUAACUAUCUGUCUGAGACUAAACUGCUUGGUUAUCAUGAUUGCUUUGAGAAGCUCACUUUUAAACAUGCUUGUUUGCUUCAUUAUAUUGUUGCUUCUUCCUUAUCCUUCUUUGUCAGCCGACCCCGACCCGUUGCAGGACUUCUGUGUUGCAGAUUUAAAUGCUACUGUUUCCCUUAAUGGCUUCCCUUGCAAGCCAGCUUCAGAAGUUACUGCUGAUGAUUUCUUCUUUGAUGGAUUGAGCAAAGAAGGCAACACAGACAAUCCUUUUGGUUUUGGGGUCACACAAGGAAAUGUUCUUACAUUUCCAGGACUCAAUACACUUGGGCUAUCCAUGAACCGUGUUGACCUUGCUCGGGGAGGAAUAAACGCACCUCACUCACAUCCCCGUGCCACUGAAAGUAUCGUUGUUAUUAAAGGGAAGGUUCUUGUUGGUUUUGUGUCAACGAGUAGUGUGUACUACUAUAAGGUUUUGACUGUUGGACAGAUGUUCGUUGUUCCCAGAGGACUUGUUCAUUUCCAAUAUAAUGUUGGGCAUGGGAAAGCAACUCUGAUCACAGCUUUCAACAGUCAGUUGCCGGGGGCUGUGGUCGUGUCCCGAACUUUGUUCGCUUCAAAUCCUCCCCUCCCUGUCGAAAUUCUAACCAAGGCCUUCCAAGUCGAUGCUAGUGUUAUCAACAGCAUAAAGUCCAAAUUUGCUUAAUUUCACUCAGUUUGUCAAAUUUACUGAAUAUUGAUACUUUUCUGCACAAUAAUUUCAUUCAUAGUCUUGAAUAUGAAUGAAUUAGCCUUACGGAUUGGAAGGUAGAGUCAUGUGAGAAUCUUUUGUAUUAUUCAUCUGUUCUUGAUACUUGCACAUCUGUUGUUCAGUGAAAUGUCAGUAUAAUAGAAUAACGUAUUAAAUUAAAUAAACAAACAAACCACUUUAUUUAUUUAA